GCGCGAAGCCGUGAGACCGGUGUACAGGAACAUAAACAGUUUCUGAAGAGAAGGUUAUUUAGUGUUUAUUUAGUGUUUGUGUUUAUUUAGUGUUUGUGUUUAUUUAGUGUUUGUGUUUAUUUAGUGUUUGUGUAAGAAUAAACUCUGAAAUAAAAUGUCGGAGUCCGGUCUGACUCGGGUGCUGGAGGUGCUGCGGGGAUUGUACGGGCGCGUGCAGACGUUAGAGGAGUUCAGUGACGGUGUGGAGUUUAAUGAUGGAGGGAAGCCGCUGCUGCUGCAGGAGUGUGACUCCGAGCGCUUUAGAGCUCUCACACGGGGACUGGUGGUGUGUGUGGAGUCUCCUCUAACACACUGCCCCAGCCCUGCACAGCUGUGCUCACUGCCCGAGGUGCUGGCCUUCGUCCUGAACCGCAUGAAGAUGAAGAAGAAGAGGAACGUUCUGAGUUUCGGGUACCGCUCCAGCACCGGUCGAGCGGACUUGGACCCCUUCGAGUUCCAUGGCUCCAUUUCCCAAAGCGCCGCUUUCAUCUGUGGCAGUGAAGCCUGGGCAAAAAUCAACCAGCGUCUCGGCACUGACCUCACCCAGUAUCUGCUGACCCACUGUGCCGUCUUUACCACGGCACCCCCUAGCUGUCUGGUGCAGAUCUGUGGCGUUCCCGUGUACGAUUUAGUUCCUGUACAAACCUGGUCUGGGUUCUUCCUCAACUCCUCUAACAGAACUGACAUGAUGAACAGGAACCUAGGGAUCACUGUGAAAAAGCAGAUGAGGAAAGAAGUGAAGAACAGAUGGAGAAGACAGGCGAGUGCUGAAGACACAGCAAACACUAACAAGAGAAUGAGAGAAGAUGGAGAAGAAGAGGAGAACAUCAGGGAGAGUCAAGAGGAACCUCCUGCAAAGCAAAGACGCACUGAGAUCAUAAAGCAGGACAGUGAUGUGGGAAGGUCCUGUAUCAGUGAAGAUAUCUGUCCAGUCCAAUCAGAGACACCUGAUAUUAGCCCUGCCUCCAAACAUGGCCUGUCCAGUUGGAAGCCGUGUGAUCAACCCCCACCCCGCCCAUCUCACUGUUUCAUCAGCGUACUGAGAAUGCUCUAUGGUGGGCAUGGCAUGAAGGGCUUCCUGCUGAACAGGAAGUUGCAAUGUCAAGUGGGUGGAGCUAGACGGAUACAAGGGGCGGAUGUUGUCCGGAUGGUAUUUUGUCUGAAGGACAAGGCCCAGCUGUCAGGGUCGACAUCAAAACGCCAAAAGCUACCUAAGCGUUUUUUUGCCAUGGUCCCAAUCUUCAAUUUGCUGUUGCGGCGUCACAGGAAGUGCCCCUACAUUCACUUCCUGUCUCAGAAGUGUGCGAUUAGCGAAGGCAAAGGGGACAUGGCAUCUCUUCUGUCCUCUCACUGCUCGUCUUACAGAGUGUACCUGUUCGUGAGGGAGUGUGUGCGCUUCGUUAUUCCGCAUGAGCUCUGGGGCUCUCAGCACAACAUGCUGCACUUCCUGUCCAGAGUCAAGCACUUCCUGCGACUGGGGAAGUUUGAAAAGCACUCGUUGGCUCAGAUCAUGUGGAAGAUCAAAGUGAGCGACUGUCAUUGGCUGGGGAAUAAAAAACGUCACUGCCCGAGUGAGCAUCGCUACAGAGAGUGGAUCUUUGGACAGUUUUUGCUCUGGAUGCUGAAGGACUUUGUGAUAGGUCUCGUGAAAUCUGUAUUUUACGUCACAGAGAGUGUUGGACAUAAGCAUGCGCUGAGAUUCUACAGACGACACAUUUGGACCAGACUGCAGGACCAGGCCUUCAGGGAGCAUCUCUCUAAAGGUCAAUGGGAGGAGCUGAGUCCUGCAGAAGUGACCUCACUACCCAAGAACACUGUAACCUCCCGCAUCCGAUUUAUCCCCAAAUCCAACGGCAUGCGUCCAAUCACACGUUUAAUUACCACAGGAGCAGCCAUGCAGUUCCAGAGUUCAGUGCGUGAUCUUCAGAAUGUGUUGAGUGUGUGUGUGCGAGAACGUCCGGUUCUGCUGGGCUCGACUGUGUGGGGACGACAGGACAUCCACAGAGUGCUGAGGUCCAUCACACACACACACACUCCGUUAUACUUUGUUAAGGUGGACGUCAGUGGGGCCUAUGACAGUCUCCCUCACGCCAAGCUGUUAGAGGUGGUGCGAGAUGUUCUCAAGCCCAUGGAGGAGAACCGGUUCUCUCUGAGACACUACGCUAAAGUGUGUACUGACUCCGAGCAGGAGAUCAAGAAACACUCCUGUACCAGGGCUGAGGCGUGUGAAUCGUUGAACAUGAAGGGUUUUGUAAUGGACGAGCAGAACAGUGGAAAGCUCCGUGAUGCCAUCUUAGUGGAGAAGCUCUCUGUGGAAGUUAAGGGCUCAGACGUGUUUCGUUUCUUUGAGCAGAUGCUGAGCAGCUAUAUCAUCCAGUACGACAGGAAAUUGUUCCGGCAGGUGUGUGGUGUUCCUCAGGGUUCUGCUGUCUCCACCAUGCUCUGUAAUUUGUGUUAUGGUCACAUGGAGAACUGUGUGCUGAAGAACUUCACAGAGAAAGGAGGUUAUCUGAUGCGGUUGGUGGAUGAUUUUUUGCUGAUCACUCCCAGACUAAGUAAAGCAGUGGACUUCCUCAGGACGUUGAUGGCAGGUGUUCCAGGUUACGGCUGUGUGAUUAACCCUCAGAAGGUGGCAGUGAAUUUCCCGGUGAGGGAUGAGCUGAAGUGUGAGGAGAUGAUGGAAUUCCCGGCACACUGUAUGUUCCCGUGGUGUGGCCUGCUGCUGGACACUCGCUCUCUCCAUGUCUACAACGAUUACUCCGGGUACGCUGGCCAAUCACUGCGCUACAGCCUGACGCUAGACUCCACCCACUCUCCUGCUGUGUUCAUGAGGAAGAAGCUGCUGAAUAUUCUCAGGCUGAAAUGUGACAGCGUUCUUCUUGACCUUCAAUUAAACUCCACUGAAGCAGUGUACAAAAACAUCUACAAGAUUCUCUUGCUGCAGGCCAUGAGGUUUCAUGUGUGUGUGAAGAGUUUGCCGUUAGGACAGGGUGUGUGGACAAACCCAGUUAUUUUCCUGAAGAUGAUCUGGAUUAUGGUGAAGAUUACCAACAAGAGCAUCACACACAGCAACUCAGGAGUGUGUGUGGACGGUGUGUUACAGUGUGAAGCCGUACAGUUGUUGUGUUGUUUAGCGUUUGACGCGGUCCUGUCACGUGAUCGCUCUUUGUACCGCCUCCUCCUCCGUCACAUCCACAAACGGAAGAGGUGUCUAAUGAGCACGCUCCGUGGCGUCAGACUGGCACGAGUUUUCCAGGCAGCGACUCCCAGAAUUCCUCCUGACUUCACCACCAUCCGCAUCUGACCCAUCCACUCUCACCAGCAGUGACCACACAAUUCACUGGGUGUUUAUGUAACUAGGAUUUAUACUGUUAUUAAAAACUAUCAUCAAUGGUUCAGGUGACCUCUCAUUGUUUUUAUAAAUAAA